AAUGAAUCAUUAUGCAAUGGCGGGUGUUAUGAGCUCUAAAGUCUUCAUUCACACUCCACACUCCUCCAUUGAAGAAUCCAUUUAUCUUCUUCCCCGUUUGCAUUUCCUCCUUAUCCGUUCACCUUGUCGGUUUUGUCCUUCCGAGUUUGUUCUUUCAAUUAUCUGUCAAUUUCCUUCUUCGAUCUGUGUCGUUGGUAAUUUGUUAACUUAAAUUUAGCCAUCGAUUCCGUUCUUGAAAUUUAGAUUUUUCAUUCUAGAAUUUCGGGAUGCGGGAAUUGUUUUACCGGAUCGAGCUGUGAUCGCCGUUUGUAGCGUACUAAUCGGAGACCUCUGUUACGAGUAUUUGACGUGAUACGGCCUACUUUUCGUAUAAAAGGUAAACGGAUCUUCAAACACUUCUCAGUGCUAAGACUGAUGAUCAAGACUCGCUUUAUUUCCCACCGACGAUAACGAUAGAUAUCUCUGAUAGGAUUGGGGAUUUUGCACAUUAGUUUUAUCUGAUCAUUCACAUUUGGGUGAACUGAAGGACGCGAGAUGGGGUCUUUGCAAGGACCGGUUGUUUGCCCAACUAUGCGCGCCAAGCAAGCAGGAUUCUGUACUCUUCCAAUAAAUCGUUCUUUAAUGGCUUUUAGGUUUCGAAGAGGUGAAUUAUGGGGUUUUGCUGGGACCAACGGUUUGCGUGCCAAGUUACCAGGUAUUUCUCAGCAAGGCUGUGCUAGAAAAUGCAAGACAUUGUGUUGCAGCUUCAAUUCAUCAUCGGACGACAAUGGAAGUACAGCAGAGAACUUCAACGGGAAGGAUGAAGAAUACGUUGAAUCGAGCGUGAUUGAGGCUGUUGAGGUGACAAGUGUUGCCGAUGAGUUCGUGAUUAAAAUGAGGGAUGGUAGGCACUUAAGGUGUGUUCACAACAACCCUCACGGUGGGCAUCUGCCGGAUUAUGCUCCACAUCCUGCAAUUGUGUUGAAGAUGGAAGAUGGGACUGGUCUUCUUCUUCCCAUAAUCGUGUUGGAAAUGCCAAGCGUGCUGCUUAUGGCUGCUAUGCGAAACGUUCCAAUUGCCAGACCAACUAUGUAUCAAGUGGUGAAAGAGAUGAUUGAAAAGAUGGGUUAUGAAGUCAAACUCGUAAGGGUUACGAAGAGAGUGCACGAGGCAUAUUUUGCUCAGUUAUAUCUCUCAAAGAUUGGUUGUGAGACUGACUGCAUCAGCUUCGAUCUCCGACCUUCAGAUGCAAUAAACAUUGCAGUCCGAUGCAAGGUCCCAAUUCAAGUGAACAAGUAUCUUGCUUACAGUGAUGGCAUGAGAGUUGUUGAAACUGGGAAGCUGCCCUCCCAGGCCCCUGCUACGGAUGGCUUAUUAUUCACCGAAGUGGAUAGGCCUAAUGGUCAGCCUUGUGCUGAAGCCAAAGAGUUCAAUCUUAUCAGGAAUAUGCUGAUUGCUGCUGUUGAAGAGCGCUACAGAGAUGCUGCUCAAUGGAGGGACAAGCUCAAUCUUCUGAGGGCUAGGAGGAAUUUGGCGUAAGAGUUACUCCUGGAGAAAGAGUACAUGUACAUAGAACGUAAUUGUUCGGGGCCGAGGUUGGUUUGCGUGGGUAAAUUACAUUGCCUCUCGCCUCUUUCUACUUGCGUUAUGUAUUUAGCAAACUCUGUGAAUAUACGUAUAGAUAUCUAUAUAUAUGUGUGUGUUUGCAGAUCGUCAGAUGUGUUCUUUGUGAAAUGCAUGAUAUAACCAAAUCCUUUGAUGCUUCACAAUCAUGAA